GAGCAGCGCUGUUGAUACUGUUUGUUAUCCUGAGUUUUAUUGCAACCGUAUUCUGCCAUUCGCAGUCGAUGCGUUACACGCAGCUGAUCCUAGCGCUUGCAGCAAUUAUCUCACCAUUAUUUGCUGCACUGUCUGCAAUUGGAUUAAUGCUGCUUGCCGGAUUUCAUCUCAACGUGCUCGUUAUCAUGUCGCCAUUCCUAACGUUAGCUAUAGGUAUAGGU